UUCAAAACAACGUCGGGGCAAGUUUGACUGUUUUGAAGUGAAGGCUAGCUUGACUGCUGUACCCAGUCCUAGAAGGAGUGAGCAACAUGAAGGCGUAGACAGCACAUCCCAUUUAAAGGUGCAAUAGCUGACCUGCCAAGCUCUUAACCAUACGGUGAUAAAAACAUAAAUAUGUCAAUGGCUGUUAUACUAAUGCGCGUGUGUGUUUGUGGCGCACGUCAGUUUACAAGGCAGGUUGCGUCACCUUUUUCCGGGAUUAAGCACCGCUCUACCUCUCAUAACUGAAAGGAGAUGGGACUUCAAAUCCUGCUGUACUGGCCAAAUAUUAUUGGAUACUUCAGGAUUGGCCUUGUGUUUGCUGCCUGGGCUGCCCAUGAGACACCUGCAACCUUUGUGUUACUUUAUUCAAUCUUCAUAGCACUCGAUGGAGUGGACGGCUGGCUGGCCCGGAGGCUGGGGCAGUGCUCCAGGUUUGGAGCCUGGCUGGACGUAGUGGUGGAUAACCUGGGCCGAGGCCUGCUGUGGAGCCUGCUGUUUAAGUGGGCGUGGCUAGUGUCUGCUGUGGAGUGGUGUGUGUUUGUGUGUAACCACAGUGCCAGAGGGGACCAGUGGAAGAACAGUUUCAUCAGCAGCCCUCGACUCAUACAAGCCAUCAUGGCAAACGGGUUUCGGACCCCUCUUGGCACAUGGGUGGUGAGUGGGCUGCACUGCCUCCCCCUGUGGCUGUAUGGGUAUCAGACGGGUUUACUCUCCCACUGGCUGCUCCUCCCUCCCUGGAUCCAGGCUCUGGGGGCCCUGCUGCUGGCUGCAGGACGCCUGCUGGCUCUAUCAGCGGAGAUCUGGUGUAUUUGGACACACAUUGAACACCUCACGGAGGACGAGCCGGAACAGAAAAGGGAAUGAAAGCUACUCCUAUCAUCCUAUACUGUCACAUCUAAGCUGGAAUAAUGCUGAUUUGAUUCCAUUAUCUGUAUAUGAACCUGGCCUCAGGUCACAUUUAUCUCCACAGGAAAACACUUUCAGUUAUAGCUGAGAGAGAAUGUGGAAAAUGAAAGAUAUUUUUAUAUUUAUCGACGAAUGACUGUGAUUUGCUCCCAACCUCUUUGCUGCUCAUUUCUGUCUAGCUUUACUGCUCAAACACAUUUCAGUACCAAAGAAUACAAAAGAAUGCAUGAAUAAUCCAGACUCCGUAGAUCCCGUCAGAAAUAAAAAGCUAAAAAUGCUCUUCCCUUGAAUGAAAAUAAAUGAGGAAUUUAAAAAGAUGAUUUAGUAAGGCAGACUUGGAAUUUUAGAUGAACAAUGUCUCCGUUGCUUCUUUCAAAGGUAGUCAUAAACCCAGAAUCCUCUCACAAACCAUACACUGGGAUUUGUCCUACUCUUAAAGACACCCUUUCUGGAUACCUUCGUUUUUUCUAACCCAUCUCUAAACUGCCAGUUUCACCCAAUAUUUAAGAAGAUGUCUCCACUCAUUAGGUUGAAAAAACAUCUCCUUUUUUUAAAUAUAUUGUCACUUUUCCUUAUGCCUCUUCCUUUAAAUGGUAGUGUCAGGGCCUAAGAUAAUCCAAAUAUAUAAGGAAACAUGAGUAACUCUCCCAGAUCCAAAACAAAGAGUGCUAAAACUAGAAUGUGUGUUGAAGUGCUCUAUAAACAGGGAAUUAGGGAAUACAUUCUUGAUGACACUGAGAGCACCCAUGGGAACGUGUUCUGAGUAUGUGGCUACAUUCUCUGUUUCAAAACACUUCAAUAGGAUAAAGUUAAUUUACAAAGAGAAAACAAAUAUUCUGUUGGUCCCACAUUAUUCUCCUAUUCGUUGUCUAAGGGGAAGUUCCAGAUGUAAUACUUAACAUCACAUUUCUGACACUUCUAUGUUUUUUUUAAAAGAGUACUUCAUGUUCACAAUUAUUGUUUCAACGUCCAAAUGGAAAGCAGACAUUGGAAUUCUUAAUUUAAGGGGUGUAUAAAUGACAUUAUUGUUGUCACUAUUUAAUCUUGUUAUAUUUUUGGAAAGCACCUUGUUACCUUUUUUUGAAAGUUGCUAUUUAUAUAAAGACCCUGUAAAUGCUA